AGCAAAUAAGGGAAGUGCACGUACACUAAUGAGUAGUGAUCUCUAAACCAUUAGAUUUUCUCGAAAAUUCUAGAAAUAAACUCUAUAUACUCUAAACAAAGGACACAUCAUCAGUUCAACAGUCUACUUAUCCACUCCUCACCAUAAACUCUUUUUUUCUAGAUUCCAACCAUAACUCGAAGCUAAAGAGAGAAAGAGGAAAGGAAGAGAAAGAAGAAGAAGAAAGACGACCAAAAAUGGCCUCCAUUGCUGCAUCUUCUUCUACUAUUCUCUCUCCAUCCACUCGAGUUUUCACUUCCACUUCUCAUUCUCCAAUGGCGGUUUCUCUUAAACCUUCCUCUCAAACCCUACCUCUUUCUUCCAAUUUUACGAAGUCUUUCCAAACUCCUCGUUCUCUCUCUUCUCGCCGCUCUUCCUCCUCCAAACGCAGCUUCGUUGUUCGCGCUUCUAGUGAUGCUCCAUUAGUUGGAAAUGUUGCUCCUGAUUUUGAAGCAGAAGCUGUUUUUGACCAAGAAUUUAUCAAUGUCAAACUUUCUGACUACAGGGGAAAGAAAUAUCUUAUAUUGUUUUUCUAUCCUUUGGACUUCACAUUUGUUUGCCCUACUGAGAUCACUGCUUUCAGCGACCGUUAUGCGGAGUUUGAGAAGUUGAACACUGAAAUUCUGGGUGUUUCCAUUGACAGUGUUUUUUCACACCUUGCAUGGGUCCAAACUGACAGGAAAUCUGGUGGUUUGGGUGAUCUCAACUACCCCUUAGUUUCUGAUGUCACCAAGUCCAUCUCAGAGGCUUACAAUGUUCUCAUACCAGACCAGGGGAUUGCAUUGAGAGGAUUGUUUAUUAUUGACAAGGAGGGAAUCAUUCAACAUUCAACCAUUAACAACCUUGCUAUUGGUCGUAGUGUUGACGAAACUCUCAGGACACUUCAGGCAUUGCAGUAUGUGCAGGAAAACCCUGAUGAAGUAUGCCCAGCUGGGUGGAAGCCAGGGGAGAAAUCCAUGAAGCCAGACCCCAAGCUUAGCAAGGAAUACUUCUCUGCUAUUUAAGUAAGGAUUUGAUUGAGGAGUUUUUGAAUUUUUGUUGUUUUGUAUCAUGAUCUGUUGUCUUUUUCAAUUUUUUUGUUGAUUAUAGGGAAUAAGUUCUUAUGGCUUAGCCAUGACUUAAUAAAGAUGCAAUUUCUGUUGUGAAUUACUAAAAUCAUUGAGAUGCUCAGAUUAUGUUCUCUGUUUUGAGUUAGUGUAAAGCAAUAUAAAUUACUCAAAUUGAGCUGUACGGUAA